CCAUAUGUCCUGCCUGAUCUAUAAAUACCACCUUUAGCUUUACCACAUAUCAUCGCAUACAACAAAUAUAUUUGUCUUCUGAAAAUAUUUGUCAUUUCCAAACACCAAACUUGACAUGGCUGCUUUGAUUCAUGAAGAUGAAGUUGUUACCGCAAUCUCUCCUGAAAAGAUGUUUAAGGUCUUCGUUCUCGAGGAUUCUGAUUCUGUAAUUAUCCCUAAAAUUAUUCCUGUCAUUAAGAGUAUUGAGAUUAUUGAAGGAAAUGGAGGUCCUGGAACUAUUAAGAAGACUACCUUUGUGGAAGGUAGUGAAGUUAAGUAUGUGAAAAAUACAAUCGACGCAAUAGAUAAAGAUAAUUUCAUAUAUAACUACACUACAUUUGAAGGCGCACUAUGGAGCGAUACAAUAGAAAAAGUCUCUUAUGAAAUAAAACUAGUGUCUGCUCCAAAUGGAGGAUCCAUCGCCAAGAGCAUAGGCAAAUACUAUGCAAAAGGCGACGCUAAGAUUGAUGAAGAAGUAAUCAAGGCUGGGGAACAACAAAUAUUAGCAAUGUUCAAAGUUAUUGAAACAUACCUCUUGGCAAAUCCUGAUGCCUAUUAA